AUGAACGGCACAAAUGCCCGCUUCGACUUCAACACUAAAUUCCCUUGGGGAUUCGUGGCCACUGGUGACACCAAAUAUACCUAUUGGAUCCCGAUCUUGAUAAACGCAGGCCAAGGAAGCGAUGGAUUCUCAGUCAAGGGCAACAAAUUUGUGUGGUCGGAGGCUAAUGGUUUCGGUGGAUGGCUCGUCUGCGACUGGUACCACAAUGUGCCACAGCUGUUCUACUUGAACAGCUACCACAACGCCACAAUCCCCACCAGCUGCAGCAAGAUCCAACUGAGGACCGAGAACAUCAAUUAA